AUGCAAUUCUUAACCGCAAAAUCUUUGUUGUAUGUUCGUGUCAUCCUCUUACUGGUGAUUUCUUUCCUUUUAGUCAAGGAUCCGGAAAGCUUAAGUACCUAUGGUUUUAUAUUACUUCUCGGGAAAGCCAUGCAAGUUAAGCUUACCAUAUUAGAUCCUAGUAAUCCUUUGAUUGGGGUUUUGGUUACCAUAAUUGGCACAUCUGCAAUAAGUGACUUAAUUCCAUUGUUAGCAGACAAUAUUGACUACUUUGAGACUGUCGUACCCACCAGGCUAACUGGGUUCUUUUUAUUGGCAAGUUUUUCCUAUUUGGCAGAAAGUCAAUACUUCAGCACCAGUUUAGUUUUCACGUAUGCCUUCUUUGAAAUUUGGAUUAACUUCUUAAUAUUCAACAAUUUGAGAGAUGAGAAGUAUUACAGAUUGAAGAAGUUUGUUGAAGAGAAUGCAGAAGAGAUCCAGGAGUUGGAGAGUAGGAAGGUUGUACCCAUUGUCGAUUAG